GUUGGUUCUCCUGUCACCAUUCCCUCCUGUACUUCGUGUAGCCCGUCAAUGCUGCCUGGUCGACUCGCCAUUACUGUACUGCACCUAGAAUCAUGAAACCUCGUCCUUCGUGAACGUCCUAUACUAUACUAUCUAUGGUUGACCCAACGGCCAACGUUCUGUGUGCAUAAGUUCUACCUCAAGCUUGACUCCAUGGCGAACCCUAGUUUUUGUGCCCGUUGGCUGGGCAAAGUAAAGCAUCGCGAACCCUAGUUUGUGUCCCGGCAUUGCGCUAGCCUCGUCCUAGUCGCUUCUUAGUCGCGUCUUAGUUUGUCUCCAUAAGAUUUCACCCGAUCGUGAGGUAAAACGAGCAUCGUGGAUUCGUCGCAGCCGCACACCUCUCCUCCACGGGCCGUCCCUUGCGCAAGGGCGCGCUGAUGCCGCGGUACGGAAAUCAGCAGACGGGGGAGGCCGCCAGCGGCGCAAACGAAAUGGCGGCGGCGGGAGCGGCAACCCCGCAACCAGCACCAGAACCCGUUGACAUGCAAGAGCUGCGGAUGAUGAAGGAGCGCUUCGCGAAGCUGCUACUGGGCGAGGACAUGUCGGGCGGCUCCAAGGGCGUGUGCCCCGCGCUCGCCAUGUCCAACGCCAUCACCAACCUCUCAGUGUCGCUGUUUGGCGAGGGCAUGCGGCUGCGGCCGCUGUCGGCGGACUGCAAGCGGCGGUGGCGCAUGGAGAUGGGGAUCAUGCUGUCCGUGUGCCAGCACAUCGUCGAGCUCGUGCCGCAGUCCCAAACCAUGCCCGACGGCUCCUCGCAGGAGGUGAUGGUGACGAAGCAGCGCGACGACCUGCGGCAGCAGCUGCCCGCCCUGCGGAAACUAGACGACAUGCUGCUGGAGAUGUUGGACGAGUGCAACAGCCAGGAGUACUGGUACACGCAGGAGCGCCCCGACCCCGUCGCCAACGGCGCAGUGGACGCGCACAGGUCCUCUGGCUCCUCCUCGCGCCGCAACCCGCGGCACCGCGACGGGUGCGCGUGCGCAGACUGCAUGGCGGACGCGGACGACGACGACGGGUACGGGGGAGGAGGGGGGUCGAAAAAGGGGUCGAAAGGCCGGGGGGGAGGGGGAGGAGGAGGUGGAGGCGGAGGGGGGGUGAUGCGGGAGUCGAAGACGGGCAAGUGGUGGCGGCCGGUGCCGCGUGUGCCGGUGUGUGGGCUGAGCGAGGCGCUGAGGAAGCACCUGGAGCACCAGAUGGAGAAGGCCGCGCAGAUCGUCAAGCUCGCCAUGGCUAUUAACACACAGGCGCUUGAGGACAUGGCCGUGCCCGCUGCUUACACGGACAACCUGCCCAAGUCGGGGCGGGCGGCGCUGGGCGACCAGAUCUACUCGGUGAUAAUGAGCAGCAGCUUCAGCGUGGACCGCGUGCUCGACACCGUCGACCUCACCAACGAGCACGCCGCGCUCAAGCUCGCCUGCCGCCUCGAAGCCGCCGUCUACCACUGGCGCAAAAUGGCCCCGCCCCCGCCCACCAGAUCCCCCCAGCUGACGCACUCGACGAGUGGGCACUAUUCGAGCUCGGGCCCGUUGGGGCGGGACGUGUCCAAGUUUGAGGAGAACGCGAGCCGUGCGGAGGCGUGUCUGCGCAGCAUCAAGGACCGCUGCCCCUCGCUGCCGCAGACCACGCUCGACACCUCCAAGAUCCUCUACAACACGGACGUGGGCAAGGCGGUGCUGGAGAGCUACUCGCGUGUGCUGGAGGGCGUGGCGUCCAGCGUGCGCACGCGCAUCCUGGACGUGCUGCACGCCGACUACCUCGCACACCACCCCGACGAGAACCCGCACGACCAGCCGCUCCCUGCGCGUGUGGACGAGCACCCGCCGCAGCAAAUGAGGGAGCGCCACCUGGACUUCAGCCUGCACAUCCCGGACAGCGCGUUUGACGCGGCGUCGGAUUAUGAUGAAACAGGGUCGGUGUAUUCUGACUGGAGCACGCCCUCGCUUACGCCUGUGGGGCCGGCCCCUGGGCAUGUGCAUGGGCAUGGGCACGGGCAUGUGGGGGGGGGGUAUGGUGCGGGUGGGCAUGGCGGGGGCGGGGGGAACGGGUCCGGCAUGCGGACGUUUGAGAUCCGGCAGCAGAGCCUGCCGGUGAGGCUUGGGAGUAACGACCUGAGGAUGCAGGUAGAGGCGCAACGGGCCAUCGAUGCUGCAGGGGGGGGAGGGCCGGGAGGGGGGAUGCGGCCACACAGCCCCAUGCACACGCAAGGGGUGGGCGCAGGGAGAAGCCCAGGGGAAUCGGGCAUGGGGAGUGGGGGAGUGGGCAUGGCGACGCCUCCCCUGAUGCGGUCUGUGACAUCGCCCACGCACCGCGCGUCGACCUCCCUCGAUCCCUCCGCGUCUGGGGGAGGAGGGGGAGCGAACACAGGUCGGGGCAUGCAGGGGCACUACAGCUUCGGCAACCGCCCGUCUCCCCCUGGAGCGCAUCUGUCACCGUCAUCAGGCCCCUAUCCGUACUCCCCCCCUGACCACCGCCUUGCAUCAGGCCAAGGGCAGGGGCAGGGGCAGGCACAGGGGCAAGGGCAAGCGCAGGGGCAGGGGUACCAUGGAGGGGGGCCAGGUGCUGUUCCUUACAACCAAGCAGCAGCAGCGGCGGCAGCGGCAGCGGCAGCGGCGCGCAAUUUGAAUCGUUCGAAUUCCUGGAAGGGCUUUUUGCCAUCGCGCAGGGGGUCCAGCCACCAUGCGGCCGCUGCUGUUGCUGCAGCUGCCGCCGCUGCUGCUGCGGCAGCAGGGGGCGAUGGUGGUGAGGGUGGCACGGGGAUGGGAGGGGGGUCGCCAGGAGGAGGAGGCAGUCCACAAAUGCACCAUGAAGGGAGAGGAGGCGGAGGGGGAGGGGGGUCACCGAACACAGGGUACGGCAUGGCUUACAGCAUGGGAGGAGGUGGGGGGGAUGUGGUGGGCAGCAUGGCUGGUUCUCGCAGCGGUCCCUUGCCGCCUCAUGCUCCCAAGGGCCUGGGGCGCAAGCAGAACAGUGGCGACUGGAGCAUGUCGUGAAGUGAGGUGGCGUCUGUAGGUGGAUUAGCAGAGCGGAGUGGUGUGCAGAUGUGAGGCGUGGUUAAGUGCUUCAGUAUUUGCUGGUGAUAGGUAUCUUCAAUUUUGGGGCUCGCACUGUACCAGGUGUAAGGAUGCGGGUGGGUUCGCUUGGUCUGCUGUACGGCCCGGAUAAGGUUGAUGGGGACUGGAGGCGAUGAGUGCCAUGGUACUGGUGGCAGUUGUCUAUUCUCCAUUGGCAGCAGUGCAUUUCUACCACCGUGGUGUUCGUGCCAACCAUGGCGACAAUCAGUUGAAAUACCGUACAAUGGCGACAAUCCUGCAGGUGAUCUUAUGGAACUUGACAUGUAUUUAUGAAUGAGCUUGAGGAGGUUCUUAUGGAAGUAAAAUUUACAGGUAGUAUUGACUGAUUAUUGUACUCAGUUCCAUUCGCGAAUGAUCCAGCGUACGAACACUCUCGAGG